AAAGCCAAACGAAUUGUACGGGUCAUUUUCAACGAUUUUAGUGAGCCGUAAGAACGUGACAGCUCGGAAAUGAAGCUAUUCUGCGUUGUUUUGGUUAUUUACGUUGUGGCUCUGACCCUCCUCGGUGUCGAUGGACGUGGUGGGGGCACCACAAGCGGAGCAGAGGCACCAAAGUUCGACGGCUUGUUCAGGCGGGCUCGGCGCCAUGUCCCCGAAAUGGAAUCCGGCCUUCUUCAAGGCAACGAACCGCCUCCACCACCGAAGUUCCGAUCCCGUCGUGAUACAUUGGAGGGCAACCUUGUGGCCAAUGAAGACAGUCCACCACCUCAGCAGUUCAGGCAACGUCGUCAGGCUCCACCCGGAAUACCACCCCCACCGGACGGUCUUCCACCACCACCGCAGUUCCUCCUCUAGAGUAACUUGAAUGUAGAGCAUAAAGUUGGGCGUUUGUGCAUGUAUUUGGGAACCACAUCGAAGCUAAUAAAAGUAGUUUGAAGCAUUCCAAAAAGUA